UUCAAGCAUUUUUUUUUUAAUCAGCCAAAAGGUUGGAAAUUAAUCUUGUGGGUUUCACCUUUCAAGAGAGAAGAUUAAAACUUUCGAGGGGCUAUGGGUUCGGCGGCGUGCUUCGUCAAGUAUCUCCGGCGAGACCAUCUCCUCAAUCUCGCCGGAAAAUCAUCGCUUGGCCGCAAUCACAUCCUCCAGAGCUUCCGGGCUCUCAUCAUCGAAUCCGCUCCCUCGGAAUCUGUCAAACUCAACCGGCUCUCUGGUUCCGAUUCCGGGAUUAUCGAGGUCAAUCUCGACAGGCCUACCGCCAAAAAUGCCAUCAGUAAGGAGAUGCUGAGAAGUUUGCAGAAUGCUUUCGAAACGAUAAACAAGGACUCAUCUGCUAGGGUUGUGCUGAUUAACAGCCUGGUCCCAAGGGUUUUCUGUGCUGGUGCGGAUUUGAAGGAACGUAGAACAAUGAAUCCAUCAGAGGUUCACGCGUUUGUGAACUCGUUGCGCUACAUGUUCUCAUUCAUAGAGGCACUGUGUAUUCCCACUAUCGCUGUAAUCGAAGGUGCAGCACUGGGCGGUGGACUAGAAAUGGCCCUAUCAUGUGAUCUUAGAGUCUGCGGCGAAGAUGCAGUAUUCAGCUUACCUGAAACUGGGCUUGCUAUUAUCCCGGGGGCUGGUGGCACUCAGAGGCUCCCGAGGCUGGUGGGAAGAUCAGUUGCAAAGGAACUCAUAUUCACUGGUCGGAAGAUUGAUGCAAGAGAAGCUGCACGGAUUGGGCUUGUCAACUUUUGUGUGAAUGCAGGCGAAGCUCAAAAUAAGGCACUCGGGAUAGCUCAGCAGAUAAACGAGAAGGGUCCAGUGGCGAUUAAAAUGGCGAAGAAAGCAAUAAACGAAGGCCUAGAAACAAACAUUGGGUCGGCAUUGGAGAUGGAAGAGAUGUGUUAUCAGCAACUCCUCAACACCAACGAUCGUCUCGAAGGCUUAGCUGCUUUUGCCGAGAAGCGUAAGCCCUUUUACACCGGUAAGUGAAACAUAUGCAUGAUCUGAGUUCCACACACACACACACAUAUAUAUAUAUAUAUGUGUGUGUGUGUACAUCUUAACUCUUGAAUAGAUGUGAAAAUAAUACGUUUAUGAUUCGGAUUGUCCUUAUAAAAUCUACUUUGUAGUUGAAUUCAUGUACUAAAUAAGAGGACAGAAUUCAGAUUCAGAAGCUUUGUACAUGGUAUCAGAGCAGCGUUGCGAUCUGAACUAUAUGUUUCUUUUUUUUUAA